GCCCAGAGCACCCUCCUGCACCCCAACCCUUCAUCCCCAGCCGCACCCUAGAGCCUGCACCCCCGAGACGGAGCCCUCACCCCCCCUAUACACCCUCCUGUCCCAGUCUGGAGCUCCCUCCUGCACCCUGAACUUCUGAUUUCUGGCCCUCCCCAUAGCCCGCAUGCCCAGCCGGAGCCCACACCCCCUCCCACAUCCCGAACUCCAGUUUCGUGAUUAUUCAUGGCCCACCAUACAAUUUCCAUACCCAGAUGUGGCCCUCGGGCCAAAAAGUUUGCCUACCCCUGGUCUAGGAGCACCAGUCGGUGAUCAAGGGCCCAUUGGCUAGGCGCUAGACAGAUACACAGCCCUUUCCCCAGUGAGCUUGCAAUCAAGGUUAUGACAACCCAAUGGGUAUAUGAAACAAACUGAUUGGAAGAAAAGUAUAGACAAUAUAACUGUAAAGUACACAAAUUAUGAUAAAGUCAGAAGUAAGCUAAAGUCAGUCUUUCUUUUUGGGCAGGUUAGUAAAAGGUAAUCUUUCAUCAUCCUGAUGAUGGUGAAAGGACAGGUGAAGAUUUUGUGCCUGGGUUAGUUAAAAUUAAAGCUUGAAAAAAAUGGCAUUAAUCCAAAUCCCAAAGGUUUAACUUUGUAUAGUAUAGACUUCUCUUCUUUUUAUCCUAUACUGAUUUUUUUUUACUGUGCUCGUCACUGUAGUAUUCCAAUAGCGUGUUAAACUACGUGAUUACACAUUUGUCACGUGUUUUGUUCUCUCCCCCUCUCCCCAGAGGGAGAACCAUGUGCAGCGGAGUUUCUUUUUUUAUAUAGUUAGUAUCUAUCUAUCUAUCUAGACACCAGUUGCUCUGUGUUUAUAUCAGAGAAGGCAAGAUCAAAUAAGUAUUCCUCGCACUUGCAGCGGGAGGUGGUGUGAGGUUUGUGAUAGUCCUUAGUGGGAGUUCAUUCCACAGCCUUGGACUGCCCCUGGAGAAAGUUCUGUCUUUCAACAAGAAUAACGCGUGUCUGUGUGGGAGUGCAGUUGUGCCAAAGGACAAAGUUGUUGACUACAGUCUUUAUCCCGGAGCUUUAGAUGGUCUUUUAGGUAUCCUUGGGCCCAGUCCUGGGAUAUCUUUGAAGGUAGGGACUAAGACCUUGAACUUGAUUUGAUAUUCUUUGGGAAGGUACUGGUUGAGAGGUUUGAUGUGUUCCCAGUAGCCAUUGUGUUGCUGAGGAGAUGUGCGGCAACGUUCUGCACCAGUUGGAGUUUCCUAAGUGCUGAGGGCUAUACUGAUUUCAUUUUGUAUUUUCCCUCACAAAUACAGAAUUGUGCAAUCUGCUAUCUAGAUUCUUUCUACAAAGCUCCCUCCUUAUUAGAACAGAAGAGUACAAUGCAAACAAAUUCUAAUUAAUCCACCUAGUGCAUUUUUUAGCACUGAAUCAUCUUCUGAAUAAAAGUCCAUUUUGAAAGUUUAGAACUGUAAGAUUUGAAUUAUUUAUUACUGAAGUUCCUUCUUCGAGCCUUGGCUAAUUAUGAGGAAUGUAAAUGUUGAAUAAAUACUAUACAAGCUGAAGUCUGGAAGCUGCCAUUCUCUAAAUAUCCUUAAUUUACAUCUUAUUUCCACGUAGAAUUAGCCUCAAUUUCAGCUACUGGUGCAAAUGCAUUUGUGCAAACCUCUCAUGUAGACAAGCAAAGCCACAAUUUGCACCAGUGAAACUUCUUCUGAUUUCACAGAAGGUAUUAUACUGCUAUACUAGAAGUGUAUUUUGUCUCUAACUGGAUAACUUGUGAUCUAGCCACUGGUAUCGAGUGGUGGAAGGGGCUAGAUGUGUUUAUUGAGAAGGUACUUGCUUCCCAUGAGGGCUUUUUCCUGUUACGUGCUGGGGAUGAAGUAAUUUGGCCGUUUUCCAGUUUAAACAUUUAAGGUCCUGAUUCACUACUAAAUUACUCCAAUAGAUUACACCAUCGUAAAACCAGAGGUACAUAGUGAUGAAUCAGACUCUUAUUUUGUAAAUUUUAUGUAAUGCUGUUUAAAGAGAUUCUUGCAUUGAUCAUCCACUCAGAUCUAAUUUCCUACCAGAUGUGCCAAAUCAACUGAAUAAACAGGAUUUAUUUUCACACACAAAAUACACGUACACUGUGGUUGCCCUGUUGAACAAAACUUGCUUUGGUCUGAGGAGCACAGGAGGAAUACUGAGAUUUGUACACAGGAACCAUAAAUAAGCAUUACUGGCUCAGGUUUUUUUCCCAUGUCAGUGAUGUUACUCUUGAGUCAUAGGAAUGGAAUGGAAUGUCUGAAGCUUGGCACUUGCCAUUCUCAAGAGACCAGAUUCUUAGCUAUAACCUUGGCAGAAGGCUCCCAGCUGACCAUGUAAGUGGGUAUCUCCAAUUCAGAGUCGAGAUUACAUCUUCCAUUCAUGAAGAUGCUUCACCAGAAACAGUUGGUACUUUGCUAGGAGUGAACUCUGUGAAUGAAGACUUAGGAAGCCCUUCUGAUGAUGAGGACAUGCCAGCAGGGAACCAUGACACACUUCCAAUUUGUUUAAAUGGCCCAAUCCUUGAGGAAUCUGUUGGAAAUGCAGUUCUUACACAUUCUUUAAGGACUAGUACAACUCUGGAAAUGGACCAGGAAGAGUUAACCUCUACUCCUGCAAGGUCAUCACCUAACAGAGGUCGCCAGGACUCAUUGAAUGACUAUUUGGAUGCAAUAGAACAUAAUAGUCAUCCCAGACCUGGGACAUCUGCCUGCAGUGAGCGGUCACUUGGGGCAUCCCCAAAACUAAGGAGUAGUUUUCCUACUGACACGAGACUUAAUGCUAUGCUUCACAUUGACUCAGAUGAAGAGGAGCAUGAGUUGCAUAAAGAUCUGGAUUUUCAGUCUUCCUUGGAAGAAGAUGGCGGUUUAGUAAUGUUUAAUGGUGCUACAAGGAGUGUUGAAGGAAAUUUUUUAAGUUACUCAUCAUCAAAUCAGAUAAUGCAAGGUCCUGCAGAGGAUGGGAAAGCACCAGCCUUCGAAACUCCUUUGCAGCCCUCUGAUAACCAGCAGGAGACUCUCCAAGGGCUUCCACCAUCAGAGUUUGCAGGAGAAGAAGGUGAAGGCCAGCCAGAUUCUCAGAAUAAUCUGUCUGUAGAAUGGGCUGGCAGCGAAUUGUGUGCCUGUCAGGUGGCAGAGCAGCCUACUAGCAGUGCAGACAUGGGAGCUUCAGACUCUGCCAUUGGUAGUAGAAGAGGUAUUAGUGAAACGGAAUCCCUUGACCAAGGAUCUGAACCUUCCCAGGUAUCCUCAGAAACUGAGCACAGUGAUCCUGCUCGCACUGAAAGUGUCAGUGAGGCCAGUACCAGGCCAGAAGGAGAGAGUGAUGUGGAAGGGGCAGACAGUUCUUGCAAUGAAAGUGUGACUACACGUCUCUCCUCAGUCGAAACUCAGUGUUCUUCUUUUGAAAGUGCCAGAUUUUCUGAGACUCCUGCCUUUUCUUCUCAGGAAGAGGAAGAGGGAGCUUGUGCCACCCAUGUGACCAGAAGUGAGCCUGCUGCAGAAACACAGGACUCUGUGUGCACUCCUGGCUCUUUACCUGCGGUGCGGUUACCCAGCAGUCAAGAGGAGGCUCGGCAGCUAGCUGAAGGAGGUGAAUUACAGGAUAGAGAUGAAUCAGAAGAAAUUUGGCAGAGGAGGAGGAGUCUGCAGGCUGCCGCUGCAAGUAGCCAGUGUCAGGAUGAAGAAACUGGAGGUACCCAAGCUGCUGGCGAGGAGGGAGCUACACAAGUUGAAGGAGCUAGUGGAGGUUCCCAAGCCAAUGGCCAUCAGAAUUUGAGGUCACUACCGUCAGUACGUCAGGAUGCUAGCCGAUAUCAGAGAGUGGAUGAGGCUCUGCCACCAAACUGGGAGGCCCGAAUCGACAGCCAUGGGAGGAUAUUCUAUGUGGAUCAUGUAAACAGAACAACAACAUGGCAGCGACCCACAGCUCCUCCAGCCCCACAGAUCCUCCAGAGGUCAAAUUCUAUACAGCAAAUGGAGCAGCUGAAUCGCCGAUACCAGAGUAUUCGUCGAACGAUGACUAAUGAGAGGCCUGAAGAGCACCCACAUGCCAUUGAUGGAGCUGGAGAGGAUACUGACUUCCAUCCUUCUAAUGCAGAUUUUCGAAGGGAGAAUGUGCUGCCUCAGUCUACCUCCAGAUCCAGGCUUACUUUAUUGCUACAGUCUCCUCCGGUGAAAUUCCUUAUCAGUCCAGAGUUCUUUACAGUGCUGCAUUCUAACCCUAGUGCCUACCGCAUGUUUACAAACAACACGUGUUUGAAGCACAUGAUCACCAAAGUCCGGCGGGACACCCAUCAUUUUGAGCGUUACCAGCAUAAUCGAGAUUUGGUGGGCUUCCUCAAUAUGUUUGCUAACAAACAGCUGGAGCUGCCGAGAGGUUGGGAAAUGAAGCAUGACCAUCAGGGCAAGGCUUUUUUUGUUGACCACAAUUCCCGCACCACCACGUUCAUUGACCCACGGCUUCCCUUGCAGAGUAGCAGGCCCACUAGUGCAUUAGUGCAUCGACAGCACUUAACCAGACAGCGCAGCCACAGUGCUGGUGAGGUAGGAGAGGAUGCCCGUCAUUCAGGACCACCAGUUCUACCAAGACCGUCCAGCACGUUUAAUACAGUCAGCAGGGCUCAGUACCAGGACAUGGUUCCAGUGGUAAGCUGUUUUCGGUUGCCACUUACAGCCUACAACGACAAGAUUGUCGCAUUUCUGCGACAGCCCAAUAUCUUUGAAAUUCUACAAGAGCGUCAACCAGAUCUUACCAGGAAUCCUUCACUCAGGGAGAAGAUCCAGUUUAUCCGGACAGAGGGAACACCUGGACUAGUGCGUCUAUCCAGUGAUGCAGACCUUGUCAUGUUACUAAGUUUGUUCGAAGAAGAAAUAAUGUCAUACGUGCCGCCACAUGCCUUACUUCAUCCCAGUUAUUGCCAGUCCCCAAGAGGUUCUCCAGUAUCCUCACCUCAGAACUCUCCAGGUACUCAGCGUGCUAAUGCCAGAGCUCCAGCUCCUUAUAAAAGAGAUUUUGAAGCCAAACUGAGGAACUUCUACAGAAAGCUGGAGACUAAAGGAUAUGGACAAGGGCCAGGGAAAUUAAAAUUAAUCAUCAGGAGAGACCACUUGCUGGAAGAUGCCUUCAAUCAGAUUAUGGGUUACUCAAGAAAAGACCUGCAGAGAAAUAAACUCUAUGUCACGUUUGUUGGAGAAGAAGGGUUGGAUUACAGUGGGCCUUCAAGAGAGUUUUUUUUCCUGGUGUCCAGAGAACUCUUCAAUCCAUAUUAUGGUUUAUUUGAAUAUUCAGCCAAUGAUACCUACACAGUACAAAUAAGUCCCAUGUCUGCUUUUGUAGACAAUCACCAUGAGUGGUUCAGGUUCAGUGGUCGAAUCCUUGGUCUUGCUCUGAUACAUCAGUAUUUGUUAGAUGCCUUCUUUACACGGCCCUUUUAUAAAGCCCUCCUCAGAAUACUCUGUGACCUGAGUGACUUGGAAUACCUUGAUGAGGAGUUCCACCAGAGUUUGCAGUGGAUGAAAGACAACGAUAUACAUGAUAUCCUAGAUCUCACAUUCACUGUAAAUGAAGAAGUUUUUGGGCAGAUCACUGAACGGGAAUUGAAACCAGGGGGUGCCAACAUCCCAGUCACAGAGAAGAACAAAAAAGAAUACAUAGAGAGAAUGGUGAAAUGGAGAAUUGAGAGAGGGGUUGUGCAGCAAACAGAAAGUCUAGUUCGAGGUUUCUAUGAGGUUGUUGACGCUAGGCUGGUGUCUGUAUUUGAUGCAAGAGAAUUGGAACUGGUUAUUGCUGGCACGGCAGAAAUUGACUUAAGUGACUGGAGAAACAACACAGAGUAUAGAGGAGGUUACCACGACAAUCACAUUGUAAUUCGGUGGUUCUGGGCUGCUGUAGAAAGAUUCAACAAUGAACAACGGCUAAGGCUAUUACAGUUUGUUACAGGCACAUCCAGCAUACCUUAUGAAGGGUUUGCAUCUCUAAGAGGGAGCAAUGGGCCAAGAAGAUUCUGUGUAGAAAAAUGGGGGAAAAUCACUGCUCUUCCCAGGGCUCAUACAUGUUUCAAUCGUCUUGACCUUCCCCCUUACCCAUCAUUCUCCAUGCUCUGUGAGAAACUGUUGACAGCAGUUGAAGAGACAAGUACCUUUGGACUUGAGUGAUACGCAAACCACAGUGCCCAGCUCUUUGGACGUUUGUGGAUCUGUCCUCUCAAGAAUGAAUGAACAUUUGUAUUGGAUUCUUAGAGGAAAAUUGUUUUACAAUGCAAUUCAAAUAAUAAGAUUUCCAUCAAUGAGUAAAUCUUGCUUCGGAAGCAGUUACAAGCAUUGUGAUAGUGACGGAGUACUCUACGGUAAUACUGGAGUGCGCCUGGAGUGCAGGGAAAACUAACAGUCUUGCAAUAAACAGUUUUUCUCGACUGCCAUGUUUGUUAUGGCCCAAGCAAAAGAUGUGACCAUGCACGAUCAGCAAGGUGGCUACUGCAAAAUUUGAUAAGUAUCUUGAAACUGGAUUUCACCAAAGUCCUUGAAUGUAAAGUUCAAGUCAAAAUGUGAAAUCGUUUAGCCCACCCCUAAAUUAGCUAAAAUCAAACUAUGGAAUUCUUUAUUUAAAAAAAAAGUUUCCUAAAGAUAUGUUACUUUAUGCCAUAUACUAUAACAGAAUAUCCAAUACUUGCUAUACCUAAGACUACGAGUCCCUGCAUGGUGUGCAUCAUAGAUUUCAGCUUCCUGGGGCAGAACUGAAUUUGAAGGAAAAUCAGUAGCAAGGGAUGUCACAACAAUGGCUUGCAAUAAGGAGGUUUGUGAAAAUGUAUAUGCAAGUGGCGCGUGUAUGGCAAAUGAUGAGCUAUUAUAAGGAGAACUUAAUAAUGACUGAUUUUAUGCUUUAUACUGCAUGGAAACUGUUUUAAAAAAUAAGUAUCAAUUUACCACAGCAUAUCAGGAAAAAAACUUACACAGUGACUUCUCUUUAUUUUUAUAGGUUCAUUAUGUUAAGUUCCUCAGAGUGUAAAUAAGAAACUAGCAUACUAAAUGCUAUUUCUGUUCAUUUCACUUUUCAUGCAUAAACAGACAUUGUGCUAGUGUUUUAUUCUUUAAGCACUCUCAAGGAAAAAAUGCCUUUUAUUUUUAUAUGAGUAAGAAAUUCCCAAAAAUAUUUUGCACUGAAUGUACCAAAGUUGAAGGGACAUUAUGAUCAGACUGACCGCAAACUGCAUCACUCUUACAAGAAUCUAGAAAAUAACUUCUUAAGAACCGAACUUUCUUCACAGUGCCAUGUCUAUAGAUAUCAGGACUGUGCACAUAAGUAAUAAUUUUGUAAAAAUCACUACAUGUGAUAUUGUAAUAUGCAUUUAUUUUAAAUGCAUUUGGUUAAUUUUUCAUCCAUCAAAUAACCUUUAAGGGAUUGAGUGUAAUACAGAUGUUUCAUAUUUUCCCAGCAACUAUUAUUUGUACAGCACCGUGAAACACACUAGCUUAUUGGGGAAACCAUUUGCGACACUUAAGAGGAUGAACCUUUAAUAGUAAUGAUUCCACUCUCCCUUAUCAGUGAACACCUCCAAGCUAUAAACUGUUCGUAAUGUCUUUCUAAUUGCAUUUUCACUGAUGAGUAGUUUUCUUAUCAAUGUUAAUUAAAAUGGAGUCCUUUUCAAUGGUAUAUCAAAAACUGCAUGAAUCCACCAAUUUAAUUAUGCUUAAUUUUGCCAAAGUGCACAGGCAUCACUUGCACCCAUUCCUCAUAACUAUCUUUAAUCCUAAAUUAGUUUUGCAUCUGUGCAUUUGUACAGCCAUUAAGAAAUACUAUAUACAUCGUGCCAGAGUUCCAGAAAACUUCAACUGGAUGUUGAAUGGCAAGAACAGAAAUACAGCUCUUUGUGUUCCUUUUGAUGGCACUCAAGCAUUUCAAGACCUGCUUUGUGGAAGAACUAAGUUUGGGAGUAACCUCAGGAUUCCCACUCUGGGGACUCUCGUUGAAUAGGGGUCUCAGUGAGGUGACAUGCUUAUUUUCUGUAUUCAUAACAAUGGGAGCACCCAUCCACUCAAGUGAACAUUGGAACGGCAAUAAAGCUGCUGUCAGCAAAGACUACUUUUUCACCCUCACAAUGAGAAAGUAGAUGCUGUUGUGGUGGUAGGAGCGGGGUGCUGGGUAAAUUUAAGUUGCCUCAGAUCCCUCUCCCCUCCCCCCCGCAUUCCCCAAACGAUAUAGGAAAUAAUGCCUGUAUUCAGAUAAUUGAGGAAACCCCACUGUCAAAAAUAAAAUGAAAAUAUCUUUUGACUUUACAAAUAAUGGGUUCCUCCCUAAAACAAUGACAUCUUGGAAUCACACAAGUUUUCUUAAACUGCUACUGGCUUGUACUAAGUGGCAAAGAAAAGUCAAACUGUAUUAUUCUAUUUUUACAUCCAAGUUUAUCAGUGUUUGCUAAGAUAUCACGUUAAUGGUCCAGGGUUUGCUAAUGCAUGUGUUGUAUCAAAGAACUGAUACACAGUAGAUAAAUUUACUUGUGAGCAGGUCAUUUCAGCAUGGCUCAUGUUUCAUGUGAUCAAAUUCAUUAAGUAUCUGACACUCCAGUCACUUAGAGCCAAAUUAAACUUUUGAUGGGCUAAGAACCACAGAAUUUGGCUCUUGUAAUAUUACAGUAUCUUUUCCCUAAAAAGAGAUCCUUGCAGGAGAACAGAUCUACAAACAUCAAUCCAGAAACUCAUUGGAAUUAAGAGUUAAAUAUUUGACACAAAAGUUUAUAUCAGGCUGCAUUUAAGCUAUGCUUUUGUACAAACCAAAAGUAAUAAAUGCACUUGUCAUCUUUUAUUUAAAAAA